AUGUUUACUCUCAACGAUAUUCCAAAUUUGAGUGAGAAGGUUGCGAUAGUAACCGGUGGGAAUUCAGGUAUUGGCUAUGCAACUUCUCGAGAAUUAGCUCGUCAUGGUGCGCAUGUUUUCAUUGCAAGUCGUAAUGAAGAACUCGCAAAUUCGGCAAUAAACAGAAUUAAAGAAGAAACAGACAAUAAUAAUGUGGAAUUCUUACAUUUGGAUUUGAUGAAUUUAAGAAAUGUUAAACGAUCGGCUGAAAAUUUUUUGAGCAGGGGUUUACCGUUACAUAUUCUUAUUAACAAUGCUGGAAUUAUGGCAACGCAAAAUACACAUUUUAGCUUAUUAUCAUUCAUUUUAAUUUCUCAAGCUCAAGACGAUAUUCAAGACCAAUUUGGCGUUAAUUAUGUUGGGCAUUACUUAUUUACAAAGAUUUUACUUCCAAGAAUUGAAGAAUCUGCGCCAUCACGUAUCGUAAAUGUUAGCUGUGAAGCGCACAGAUCGGCAAGAAAUGGAAUUGAAUUCGACAACCUUCAAAAUGAAAAUGCACAAUCUUCUUGGUGUCGAUACGCUCAAUCUAAAUUGGCAAAUAUCCUUUUUACUAAAGCCCUGGCUAAUAGAUGUGAAGGAAAAAAUGUUUAUGUUAAUUGUAAUCACCCAGGUUUCGUUAAAACUGAAUUGGUUCGAUAUAUGCGAGAAAAUUAUACCUUCUUUGGUGUCUUAAUGUUAAAAAUCGGGUAUCUAUUUGCAUCAAGCCCUGAAAAUGGUGCAAUAACUCAAUUAUAUUGUGCUACAAGUCCUGAAAUUGAAGAUAAAAAUUAUCGGGGUUUGUACUUUAUUCCAUAUGGAAAAAUUUGUGCUCCAAAUCCUAAGGCUGAAGACGAGACAUUGAUAAAUAACUUGUGGAUCUAUACUGAGAAUCUAAUUUCCGAAAAACUGGCCGAUUAA